GCCGGCGCUCGGUCACGUGACGGAGCGGGAACAUGGCGGCGCGCGGACGGUGACCGAGGAGCCCCCGCAGCGCACUUCGUGUGACCGGAGUGUGCCCCCGCCAUGGUGACGGAGCAGGAGCUGGAGGCCAUCGGCCGCGUGCUGCUGGACGCGGCGCAGCCUCUGCCCGCGCGGUUCCGGGCACUCUUCACCCUGAGGAACCUGGGUGGCCCCGCGGCCGUGCGCUGGAUCGGCCGCGCCUUCGGGGAUGGCUCGGCGCUGCUGAAGCACGAGCUGGCCUUCUGCUUGGGCCAGAUGCAGGACGAGGCCGCCAUCCCUGUGCUCAUCCAGGUGCUGGAGGACACGGCACAGGAGCCCAUGGUCAGGCACGAAGCAGGUGAAGCCCUGGGUGCUAUUGGGAACCCCAAGGUGCUGGAUAUCCUGAGACGCUAUUCCGAGGACCCUGUGGUCGAGGUGGCAGAGACGUGCCAGCUGGCUGUGAGGAGGCUGGAGUGGCUGCAGGAGAACAAGGAGAAGCCAGGCACCAGCCCGUACCUCUCCGUGGAUCCCGCUCCCCCCGCCGAGGAGACGGACAUUGCCAAACUCCGGGAGACCCUCCUGGAUGAGUCCCGGGAGCUGUUCGAGCGGUACCGCGCCAUGUUCGCCCUGCGGAACCUGGGGGGCCAGGAGGCUGUGCUGGCACUGGCCGAAGGGCUGCGCUGCGGCAGCGCGCUGUUCCGCCACGAGGUCGGGUACGUGCUGGGGCAGCUGCAGGACGAGGCGUGCGUCCCUCAGCUCACGGCCGUGCUGUGCAGCCCCUCCGAGAGCCCCAUGGUGCGGCACGAGUGCGCCGAGGCGCUGGGGGCCAUCGCGCGCCCGUCCUGCCUGCGCGCCCUGCGCGCCUUCGCCGGCGACGGGGAGCGCGUGGUGCGCGAGAGCUGCCAGGUGGCCCUGGACAUGUACGAGUACGAGAACGGCUCCCAGUUCCAGUACGCCGACGGGCUCUGCAAGCUGCAGGCCUCCCCCUGAGCCUGCACGGGGGGCACCGGGGGGGACACGCUGCCCCUCGCCCCCUCCCGCUGCCGAUCGUGCUGCCGUGGCCGCCCCUGUUGGCUUUGCCGCGCGGAGGUGGAGGAGGAACUGGAUUUGCUCUCUCUGGCACACCUACAACCACCUUUUCGCUCCAAAUCUAGGCUGAGCUGCUACUUGCCUCCCACCAGCCCCUGUUUCCUGGAUCUGCCCCUGUUUUCCCUGCCAGGAUCAGCACUGCCUGCCCGCAGCCUGGCUUGGGGCUUGGACCAGGUGGGCUCUGCUCGGCAGGUCGGAGCCUGCCGUGGCUCUGCAGGGCUUGAGGCUGCUUUGCCUUGGUGCUGCCACGUCGGCUCGGCGUGAAACGGCUCUGUUCUCCCCACCUGAGCUUUGCUGGGGGCCAGGAUGGGCUUUGGGCACCCGCUCUGUGGGUUGUGUUGGGAUGCUUCUAAAUUGCCCUCGGUGCUGGUGCUGAGCCGGGGCCCUCCUCGCCCCCGUGGUGGGUUUGGCCUCUCCUGUUGGGACAGGCCAGGGCUGAGCCUGUGGCAGCCUUUGCCCUGGGAUGGGGAUUGUUUCGUGGCAAAGUUGGGAAGGUUUGGCUGUUUUUUCUUUCUGCAGGGAAUGGUGCUGCCAUUAGGGCGGGCAGGGUGAGGUAGAGCCUGCCCAGGCAUCCCCUCGUGUUUAACCAGAGCCGGGAGGGCUGAGGCUGCUGCUGGCACCCAAACCCAAACCCUGUGGCCAGCCCAGCCUGGGCGCCGGGGGGGCUGGCAGGGAAUAAAGCACUGGCACAGGGA